AUGGAGAAGAGCAAAAAAAGAGCCCUCGAAGACAUUGACCGCAAACCAAUGACCCUCUCCAGCAAGAGAAGGCGGCAGGCCGGGGCAUCAGAUACAGAUUCCCCAGCCCAUGCUAUGACCCCGUCGAUAGCUCCGAGCCCCCAAACACUCAUAGGCUCGCCAGCACCGAUCACACCCUCUCGGAGACUCCAUCCCUCAACCCCUUCCUACAGCAGCUCCAUCACCAGCUCCUCCGAGCCCUCGGAAUCCGAAAGCGACGCAUCCAGCUCCAGCGGCAGCGAAGAAACAGACAGUGUCGGCUACACUUCCACCUCAAGCGCCGACUCCCCGCGCCAACAACGACGACAGCAAUACCCGCACCUGCCGUCCCUUUUCCCUCGUAUGCUCAACCCUUCGACCACCAGCAGCGGCACAAGUACGGAUUACGCAUCCUCCACCUCCGCCUCCGACCUCGUCUCCGUCCUCUCCUCCUCAUCCGCAGACGAUGAAUCCGCCUCCUCCACAUCAAGAUCCUCCUCAUCCGCGUCCGAAUCGUCUUCCUCCGCCGACUCCGCCGUCUCGUCUUUCAGCAGCACGCACGCUUCACUGCCUCCACCUCUAUCCGUCGCCUCGCUUACGGCCGAUAAUCUGUCGCAUCUGCAGGCGAGGCUGAAUGCGCUGCUGCCGAAGAUCAAGAGUGCGAAUGAAGUCUUGGAGACCGAGAGGAGGGAAGGGAGGUUGGAGGAGCGGAAUAUUGAGGGGGUGGGAGGAGGGGCCCGGGAGGGAGGGUACAUUGAGAUGGAUUUGGGGUUGGGUGUGCUGGAAGAGAAGACGGGAGAUGGUGCACGAAAAUGUGAGGACGACGAAGGUGAAAGCGAGGGGGGAAAGGGAGGUGGAGAAGGGCUGGGGGCAGGAGAUGUGUUGGGGGACUUGAUGGGGAAGAAUAGGAGUCAGGGAAAGGGAAAGGGAAAGAGAAAGAGAGAAGUGGGCAUUGAAGAGGUCAGAAGUUAA